UACCGUUAGUUAAAUCUGUUAAAAGGGGUGAAGAAAAUAAACGGCGCCCUCCAUUUUUACCGUCAAAUACUGACCACACAUUUCGUUCUUGAUCAUCUUUCUCCUCAGUACCCUCUCUCUGCUGCUAUCUUUCACACCAUCCAUGGAGUUCAAGAAAUCUUCUCUCUCUACAUAUACAUUUUCACCUCAGUAAUAAUUAAAAAAAUAGAAAAUAAAGAAUGUGUACUGUGUGGUCAUCAUCGUUAGGGUUGAAGGUCCAUCAAUGGAGGCACAGUAACAAAAAUCUCCGGUAUUGGAUAUUAUUACCACAUCCCAAGAAAAAUUUGAGCUUUGUCUCUUCCCCAAUCACCUCUUCAACAAGUAACGAUAGUUCUUCAUCUUUCAAACAACCCCAUUUGGGGUAUGAUCCUUCUGAAGACCUAUUUGGACUUUCUGCUGAUCCACAACCGAGGAAGGUUGCUUCCGCUGCAACGAGGCCAAGAUCGUGGUUCGGUCCAAACGGUCUGUAUAUACGAGAAUUACCGUGCCCGAGUUGCAGGGGACGAGGCUAUACACAAUGUCCAGAAUGUGGAAUCGAAAGGUCCAGACCAGAUUGCUCACUGUGUAAUGGGAAGGGUAUAGUCACCUGCAAUCAGUGUGUGGGAGAUUGUGUUAUCUGGGAGGAAUCAAUUGACGAACAACCAUGGGAGAAAGCCCGUUCAGUUUCUCCGCUAAAAGUUACGGAAGAUGACGAAGUUGACAAGUUGGAUAUAAAGCUUGACGUGAGGAGAAAAACCAAACGCGUUUAUCGAUCCUCUGCUUCUGAAGUUAAUUUGAAGAUCAGCAGAUCAUUAAAAAGCCUAAAUGCCAGAACUGGAAUAAUUAGUAACAGGAUGAAGAUAAUCCAUCGAGAUCCUACGCUCCAUGCACAAAGAGUUGCUGCGAUUAAGAAAACUAAAGGGACUGCUGCUGCAAGAAAGCAUGCUUCUGAGUCUAUGAAGAACUACUUUUCCGACCCUGAAAAUCGACACAAGAGAAGCAUUUCAAUGAAAGGGAUAAAAUUUUACUGCAGAAACUGUGGAGGGGAGGGUCACAGGAUAAAUUACUGUCCGGAAGUUGAGGUAAACGUCGGUGACAGAAGAUUUAAAUGUCGAUUGUGUGGCGAAAAAGGGCACAACAGAAGAACAUGUCCAAUAUCGAAAAAGCCGAACGAAAAACGGAGCGUAGUUCGUCGGACAAAUCACUGCAAGAUAUGUGGUUUGACUGGUCAUAACCGAAGAACGUGUCCUCAACUAACCCAAGUACAAUCAGCUGCUAAUGUUAAUGCUAAUGCUAAUGCUGAAGGACAAUUUGUCGAGAAAAUAAAGUACACGUGCGGUCUUUGCGGAGAGAAAGGGCACAACAGAAGAACUUGUCCGCAUAAAAAAUGACGACUCGAGUACCGACUUUUCCUACCAAUUAACAUUGAGGAAAAUCUUGAAGAUUACUUGGCAUCUAAUUUUCGUGUUCAAAUGUUAUAAUUAUUGUUCUAAUGUGGUACUCUCUCUGUUUCAAUAUAACUGUCUUUUAAGAUUUCGCCACUAUGUAAGAUACGUAAAUAUGACUAAAUUAUCCUUCCGAC